CCGCGCGCCAGCGCUCGGGGAACUGUAGGGGGCGAUAGGCGCUGCCGGCGCGUGAUCCUGGGGCCUCUCCGCCGCGCGCGACCAAGGCACUGAUAUUUGAACCGGAAGCUUCACAAAGUUGAAAAGAAUCUUCAGAACGGCUUUGAACCCAGACAAGCUAGGAAUCUCUUCUGAACACCACCUUCCGCAUGCAUCUCCCCGACUGGGCUUUCCUGGCCAGGAGCUUUUUGAAGAAGUCGUUCUGCAGAGAGCCAGAAUGCUGAUGCUCAUGGAACCAGCUUAGUGGAUUUGACUUUUCUGGUAGAAUUCUCUUGCUUUAUUAUAUACUCUCUCCCAGAGUUCUAAGACGUGUGGAGGUAUUCAGGGCACCAAAGAGCCUGCAGGGAAGGAAGGAAGCACUUUCAUGCUGAAUGAAAACCAAGCAGGUGACAGCUGUGGCUGAAAACAUUUAAACCUUUCACGCCUGGAUUUCCUGGAUCCGGGACACAAAGGAAUAGUCGCUGCUGGGGUGCAAGAAGCGAUCCCAGACAAGAAAACCCAAAUAAAUAGAAUGAGGGCAACAGGCAAGUAAAUGGCCACCAUUACCCCAACAGAGCCGACAUCAGCCUCCUGGUGGAAUUAUUUUUUCCUUUAUGAUGGUUCAAAGGUAAAGGAAGAAGGAGAUCCAACCAGAGCUGGUAUUUGUUACUUCUACCCUCCUCAGACCCUGCUCGAACAGCAGGAGUUGCUCUGUAGCCAGAUUGCGGGCGUCGUGCGCUGUAUCUCGGACAUCUCCGCCUCUGCUCCUACCCUCGUCCGUCUGCGGAAGCUGAAGUUCGCCAUAAAGGUGGAUGGAGAGUACCUUUGGGUCCUGGGCUGUGCUGUGGAGCUCCCUGACAUUAGCUGCAAGCAGUUUCUGGAUCAGCUCAUUGGAGUCUUUAAUUUUUACAAUGGGCCUGUUUCUCUGGCUUACAAGGACCGCUCUCAGGAAGACCUGUGCGCUGAAUGGGACACCUUCAUUGAACAGAUUCUGAAGAACACCAGUGAUCUGCACAAGAUAUUCAGUUCCCUCUGGAACCUGGACCGGACUCAAGUGGAACCCCUGUUGUUGCUGAAGGCAGCCCUCAUUCUGCAGGCCUGCCAGCGUUCACCUCGCAUUCUAGCCGGCUGCAUCCUCUAUAAGGGACUGAUUGUUAGCACCCAGCUCCCACCCUCCCUCACGGCCAAGGUCCUGAUUCGCCCAGCUGCAUCUCGGCACCAGAGAAGACCUGCAGGAGGGGGUGGCCCGCAGGAACGGGUGCCACUAGAUUUUCUUCCCCCCAAAAGUCACUUUUCUCCACAACGAGGAGUAAAGCUGCCCGUGAGGGCUCCUUGCUUGCUGGGCACGGAAACGGUAGCUAUGGGAGCGGUGCUCCCCCCGAAUGUCCGGAUCAUGCCUGUGUUCCUGACCAAAGAGGAGGCCACCAGUCUCCACGAGUUCCCAAGGGAGCAGGCAACGAGCCCUGCUACAGUGCCGGCUGGACUCCAGGAGUGCUCAGCCCAGCAGCACCCACAGCCUCGGAGCACCGCUGCCCCGACAGACAGUGCCACUGGCCACGUGGAGCCCACGGCCUGGAUGCUGGCAGCCACUCCCAAGUCUGCAUGUCCUGACGUAGCAUGGCCAGAUGGCAAGGCGGAGAACGGGCUCUUGGCUGGCCGUGAUCUGGAGAACGUCAGGCCUGCAAAACUGCACAGCCCUGCCAGGGACGAGGGUCCCGGUCUUGGCUACUCCCUGGUGAAGGAACUUCGUCUGCCCUUGGCGGGGGAGGAGCCAGACUUGUCUGCCAUCCACAUUCCAAAAGCUCAGGAAACGGCAACAGCCUCAGGUUAUUUUGCCCUCCCGAAUAUGGGCGCCCCAGAUGGUGGUGGUCCUGCCUUUGAGGAAUUUGUCAGGGACUCUGGUGACCGGGAACCCGAGCCACCUGACACCCCGCCCGUGGUCGUGGCCAUGGCCAUCAGCAGCCUCCUCUCUCCGUCCACUCCUGAGAUGCUCAGUCAGAACGGAGCCCUGGAACAGCACGACGGCCUCCCAGAGGACAGCAGCCUAGCCCCCUUUCCCAGGGAAGACCACCUCCCCAGAAGGACAAGCAGGCCUCAGUCACGGCCUUGCUCAGACUUGAGGCAGAGAGGAACCACACUGCCCGUGGGGGACCAGGGCGUGGAGCAGCGUGUUGGGGUGCACGACAGCUGCUCAGCACCUGGCAGCUCAGACUUGGCAGAGUCUCAGGACGACUACGGUCCCUCCGCACACGGAAGUGCCCCAAGGUCAACCCCAGCAUCCUGUGUGGGCCUCGUGCCAAUGAACCUCUACACCCACAGUGUUAACGGGCUGGUGUUGUCCCUGCUGGCCGAGGAGCCGCUGCUGGGUGACGAUGCUGCCAUCGAGGAGGUGUACCACAGUAGCCUGGCGUCCCUGAACGGGCUGGAGGUCCACCUGAAGGAGACGCUGCCCAAAGACGUGGCUGCCUCCCCCAGCAGGACGUACAGCUUCACGCAUUAUGACCGCAUCCAGAACGUGCUGACCGCAAACCUACCACAGGUGGCCACCCCCCAGGACCGCCGCUUCCUACGGGCCGUCAGCCUCAUGCACUCGGACUUUGCCCAGCUGCCUGCACUGUACGAGAUGACUGUCAGGAACGCCUCCACUGCGGUGUACGCCUGUUGCAGCCCCGCCCAGGAGACCUACUUCCAGCAGCUGGCCGCGGCUGCGCGGAGCUCCGGCUUCCCCAGCCCGCAGGACGGCGCCUUCAGCCUCCCGGGCAAAGCCAAGCAGAAGCUGCUGAAGCACGGCGUGAACCUGCUGUGAGCCGGGCCGCGGCGCGAGGCUCACCACCCCCCCACCCCGGGAGGGCACUAGCAGCUUGACUACCAGCAAAGGGAGCUCUGCCUUCUGCAACAGAAGAGGUCCCUGUGUUCUCUCUUUCUUGGCCUAGUCCCCCUGUCAGGAACCGUGACGGUAUGUGUUUGUGAACUCCUUUUGUAGCCUGCGGUUGGAGCGGGUAGUUCUUCAGGUCAGCAGGCCCAGAGCUAUGCAGUAAAGGACUUUAUUCCACUGGCCACGUCGUACCGAAGACGGGCAGGGCCAGGUUGUGGGCCUGUCGCUCUGCGUCUGACGCCCCCAGCGUUUCUCGCUGCCCUUCCCUUCGGGGCCUUAACUAGUGCCUCGAGCGUUCAGGUGGGUGUUUGCUUCCAUCCACAGGGGGAUGGGGUCACCCGCAGGUGGACCGGUGCUCCCACACCUCCAGUGGGGGUGCCUCAGAGCGGUCCUCCCGGGAGGUCUGGACACUCUGCAGGGAGGCAGGCAGCGAUGCCAAAACCACCUCGUUUGCAUUCUUCUGGAACUAUAUUCAGAACCAGGAGCCUGUUCUUUGGAACACCCAUGGCGGGGGGUGGGGGGGGCAGAUCUUGGUAAUGUGGAAGGGAGCCUGGGGCUUUGAGGUAACUCUGAGCCCCAGGGUGCCGAGUGGGCUGUGCACCUGGCCCCUCUUGAGUGAGUGUCCUCAACGAGGAGUUUCCCCAGUGUCCGGGGCAAAAGCAAAGCUGUGCUUCCCAGCGGCGGCUGUGUGAAAGGGCGCAGCGUGCUUGUAUGCCCCUGCCCGUGCCAGAGGCAGCCGGGGGAUGGUAGUGUGCUGCGGACCACAGUACGAAAUACUCACCAGAGGCGUAACUGUUUACCGGGAGUACCUGAGACCCCAUUUGAAAACUGCAAUGUUAAUAAUUUCCUAACGGUGAACCAGUGUCUCAUGUUGAUGACAAUGUCUUUUCUGUGAAACAAGUUGCCAAGGGCUAAAAAUAAAACAGCCAAAAAUGCUGUUGAGUUGUGA